GGCAUUUCUCGGUCAAUAACACUUGUUAUAUUUUGUGUUCAAUAGUGGUUUCGUUUAUAUAUUUUUUGUAGUAUUUUUAGACUCAAAUAAUUAUGAAAUUAUUUAAAAUAGAGUUAAAAAGUUUAUUAACAAAGAUUUAAACGAAACCAGAGUGAAAUAUUUGCAUGAAAGGAUGGACAAAAUCCGUAAGACAUCAUUUCCGAGCAAGUUCAAAGACAGCUGAAAGAAAUCUUUAUAAAGAGAAAUAUUUUUAUAUUUUUGUAAUAAAAAUUCCCGUUCAUAUAAAAAAUAGGAAAGUUUUAAAAAAAUUGUGCAACUUCGGUGACGAUAAAGAAAUUAUGGAACUUUGAUUAUUAACAAACUUUGAUUAUUAACAAAUUACUUAAAGGUUUUCCGUCUCAGAGCAUGAAAAUUGCUAAAGAAAUUAAAGAAAUCUUUGAAGAGAAAUAUUUUUAUGCUUUUCUAUCAAAAUUCCCGUUCGUAUUUACAAAGUAGGAAACUUUACCAAAAAAAAUUGUGCAACUUCGGUGCCGUAAAAUAAAUUAUGGAAUUUUAAUUAAUUAUAAAAUACUUAAAGAUUCUCUUCAGUUUGACUGUUAAAUUCCAUGAAAAUUCUGUCCAAUAAUUUAUUAAUUAUCUCGUUACCGUAAAAAAUGUCGACAAAAUCAAAACCGACGAAACCUCCCCCAAAUAAAUCCGAUGACGCAAGUAGUAAAUCACUGACCUCCUGGUCGUGGAGCAUUUUCCUCCUAAUUUUAACCUUAUCAGUGCUCACCCGAUUCUACAAAGUCCAAGAACCGGACCAUGUUUGCUGGGAUGAGACACAUUUUGGCAAAAUGGGCAGUUGGUACAUCAAUCGGACGUUUUUCUUUGAUGUUCAUCCCCCUCUGGGAAAGAUGAUGAUCGGCCUGUUCGGCUACGCCACCGGCUACGACGGAACAUUUUCCUUUGAAAAUCCUGGUCAAAAAUAUAACGAAACUAAUUAUUUGGGGAUGCGCGUGUGCUGCACGGCCCUGGGCACCCUCCUCGUCCCCCUCACAUAUCUGACGACGUGGGAAAUGACCGAAUCGACCCCGGCCGCCGGAAUGGCGUCGGCUUUGGUUUUGUUCGACGUGGGGCUGGUCACGUUAACGCAGUACAUCCUCUUGGACCCGAUUCUUCUCUUUUUCAUCAGCAUCUCCGUCUACUCGUCGUUUAAAUUUUAUUCGUUUAGAAAGAGCCCCUUCAGUUUCUCAUGGUGGAUGUGGCUUGCGCUGACGGGGACGUUUUUAUCCUGCGCGAUGAGUGUAAAAUUUGUGGGAUUAUUCACCGUUUUGUACGUUGGAUUGAGGACGAUUUAUGAAUUGUGGGAAAUCUUGGGGGAUUUGUCGAGGCCGGUGAUCUACACCUUGUACCACUUCCUGGCCCGAGCCGUGUGCCUGAUCCUCCUCCCCCUCGUGCUCUACGUCACAUUUUUCUACAUCCAUUUGACCGUGCUUAACCGGAGCGGCAACGGCGACGGCUUCUACAGCUCCGCCUUCCAAUCCCAACUGAUCGGAAACCCACUCUACAACGCUUCCAUGCCACGCGAAGUCGCCUACGGAGCUCACAUAACGCUAAAAUCCCAACGGACCGGUGGGGGCUACCUCCACUCCCACUGGCACUUGUACCCCGAAGGAAUCGGUGCUAAACAGCAACAAAUAACCACGUACGCUCACAAGGACGACAACAACAAGUGGGUUAUCAAGAAAUAUAACGAAAUUGCUCCACAACUGGAUAACGCCUCCGCUCCGAUCGAGUUUAUUAAAAGCGGAGAUUUAGUGAGAUUGGAGCAUUUGGUUACCAAAAGAAAUCUGCAUGGACACCGGAUCUCUGCUCCGGUUAGCAAGAAGCAGUGGCAGGUCACGGGGUAUGGGGAGAACGGCACCGGUGACGCGAACGACGUGUGGCGAAUCGAGGUCGUUGGUGGGAAAGUGGGCGAUUUAAUCCACGUCGUGAGCAGUCGACUCCGAUUUUUCCAUCAAUUACAAAACUGUGUUUUAUCCGGAACCGGGAAACAACUGCCGAAAUGGGCCUACGAACAAAUGGAAGUCGCCUGCAACUCGAAUUUAAGGGACGUUCGGAAAUCCACGUUUUGGAACGUGGAGGAAAAUCAUUUCCCGAGAUUGCCCAACACCUCCUUCCACGUCCACGCCCCAUCAUUUAUGGAGAAAUUCUUCGAGUCCCACACGAUAAUGUUUGAAGGGAAUGCGGGGCUGAAGCCGAAAGAGGGCGAAGUCACGUCCCGACCGUGGCAGUGGCCGAUUGAUUUGCGAGGCCAGUAUUUCAGUGGGAGCAGUUAUAGGAUUUAUUUAUUGGGAAAUCCUAUCAUUUGGUGGGGAAAUCUUGUUUUACUGGGGGGAUUUUUAGCCUUGUACGCGUCUCAUGAGUGGAGGGGGCAGAGGGGUUGCGAAGAGGAGGAUGAGCAAGUUAAAGAACGCCGAAGUAAAACAAUGUCGACGUGCGUCUGGUUGUUUGUCGGCUGGUCGUUGCAUUAUCUUCCGUUUUACACGAUGGGAAGGGUUUUGUACUUUCACCACUACUUUCCAGCCCUGCUUUUCUCCUCGAUGUUGUCUGGAGUCAUUUUGGACUACUUGUUUCAAACGCUGGGGAAAAAUACGUGGCAUUUCUUUUACGGGGGGAUUUUAGCCGGGGUGGCGUACAGUUUCUACCUCUUUUCGCCCUUGGCCUACGGGAGUUCGGGUCCCUUGGCUUCCGAAGCGAACAGCACGAUGCAUGGACUCAAAUGGUUGGAAUCGUGGGAGUUUUGAUCGUUUUUUAUUUAAAAUGAAAUUAUUUAUUGCAAAAAAGAGAUUAAAAAUAAAAAUUUUAAACGGAAGCCCGUUUUUCUAAAAUCGCA